GAUUGAAUGGUUACUGCGAGAUGAGAUUGCCUGUGCCCUCCGUUACGUUUUCCCAAUCACAGAGGACAAGCUUCAGAAUGUCACUGAGCAUGUGCAGGAAUCCGUGCAACUGGGCAAAUCAUCUUGUUACAUUGAAGAACUGUUUCCACAAUUUGUCUUUGGAAGUGACCAAUGUUUAGAGAGUUUUAUUGAAGAACUGAAACGAGUGAGCAUCAAGAAUUACCGAUUAAAAAGAGAAGGGAUGUUUUUUUACUUGGUGCUGACCAGAGAAAUGGCCGCCCAUUAUAAGGCUCUUAGCUCAGCUGUUAGGUCAUUGGAUGAUGACUCACUGACACCAGAGAAAUGCACCAAAAAGUCAGUAAGUGAAGAAAACAGGAGCAGGCUUCCUAGCUCCCAGAAGAACUUAUCUCGGGAUUAUCCUCAAGAAUGGAGAGGAAGUCCAACAAAGCUGAUUGAUAAACGAGAAGUUGCUGAUGUUUCCAUUCAUCUGACCAAUGAAAAAGGACAAAAGGAAGUUUGCUGUUUGUCACCCGAACGUGUAGCACUACUCAAUAAAGUCGACACCCAGAGUUUACUGAGUGACUACGAUGAAGGAGUGUUGAAACGCUCAUCCAGCUUUGGCGGCUUUGAUGCUGAGGGCAGUCGGCGAGCUCAGUAUCGGACUGUUGCAGGGUCAGAUAAAUCUUUGUCAACCAUUGAGUCUGCCUCAGCUACAUCAACUUCAGUUGCCAUGACAACAUCUGUUGCCAAACACUUAACGAACUCACCGGCAGCUCAACUAGCAUCCAGAGCCAGGCAUUUUUCUGCCCCAACAGCUGCACAGAGAAAUGCUAUGGGUGCCUACAGCCAGCCUUCUACUAUGCCUGCCACACCAUCUUGGAUAUCUUCACGUGGUAGUUACACAGAAGAAGCUGGUUAUGAAGGGGACUCAAGUGACUCUAACAACGAUGAUGGAGCUUUCUUUAAUGACACUGGUGGACAACGAUCAUCCAUGCCAAACUUUUGGUUAAUAUUACGUGUAGAAGCCAAAAAAGUCACAAUAUAUUAUCAUUCUCGGAAAUACAAAGAUUUGUGUGUCACCCAAAAUGUGAAGCUGUUAGUAACUGAUGUCAGUGAAAUUGUUAUGGAUACCUGCAAGCGGGUGAACCAAUUGUUUCUACUUCAUGAUCUCUACACAACACAUAGCUGUAAUGUGUUGCUUGUCCCUGAAGCAGAUGAAGAUGUUUGCUGGACUAAAGAUAGAUAUGCAGGCCGAACAGAUCCAGAAGAUGAAGAAGAGGAUGAUGAACAACAAAAUUAUGGCUAUUUAGCAGAUACACGUAGUUUUUUGCCUGGGCAUUUUGCUUGUAAAUGUAUAUGGGAAUCCCAUUUUCAGUUGCAUCCCCGUUUGAAGAAUUGUGCACCACGGAGCAAUGUUUCUACUGGUAUGCAUGCCCUACGGUCCGUGUUGCAUAAAUUUUCUGUGAAUAACAGAAAAAAUAUGUUUGUUAUCAAGGAUAAAUUAGACAAUUAUUUCUAUGUAAGAUUAAAUGAAGGUAAACUAAGUUGCAGCUCUGAUGAUUUGGGAAACAGUCGGCAGGAUUAUGACUGCUCAUUUUCAGAUUACACAACAGUUUCACCAAUCCUUAAUUCAAAGAGAGAUGAUGAUGAGGAAUCUUCCCGGUCACUUCGAGAUGUCGAUUCAUUAUCCGUAUCCUCUUUGGGAAGUUAUGCUGGUAAACGUGCAGAGGAAUGUAUAGUAAUGUGCAUUCAUGGCAUUACACAAGCAGGAGCUGAAAUGAAAGAAAACCUCAUAAAAAUGCUGCAAAACAAACUUGAUGAUAAAGUAUUGGACAUCAUUUCUGUGAUGCUAGACAGGAAUCCUAAAUGUAAACUCAGUUUCCAAGAUGUCAGGUUCAUUCAAAGAUAUAAAGAAAAACCCAAAGAUACCAUCUAUCUGACUGUUCCUAACAGCAGUUCAAAACACUUAUUUGCACUGAGUUACUAUCUGAAACAGAACUUGUUACACUUUGUCAAUAUACCAAAUUAUGUAGAUAAUCACCCUUCGAAACACUUUAUUGACUAUGCAAGCAGUGAACACCAAGAAUUAAAAGAAAACCAAGUGUUUCUAUACCAUCGACCUAGUUCCUCAGGGAGCAAAGGAAUUGCAUGUAUUGCAAUGGCAUUUGUUGAUGAACAUGAACAAGAAAUCAAAUUUACUGGAUGCCAGAAACCUCUGCAGCUCGUUUACGAUGACAUGGUUCCACCUGAAAAAUACCUUUCCCUCAUAGAGUCAGUACUACUUGAAAAAUUACCAGCACCAAGAACCGGUUUAAAUCGUUACAUUCGUUUUCGAAUAUGGCAACGUGGCAAUGCUGAUGUACACAAUUUACGGGAGAAACUUCACACGUCAAUACAGUGCGCUUUGUGUGAUGUUAUUUCUGAGUUCAAGCUGCUGAAUUUUCCUAUCUGCCAGGCCUCUCAUGAUUUGCUACCAUCUUUCUCUGAACCUUGUUCUCCAUCCGUUGUAAAAGUGAGAGAAAAUGAAGAGAAAUUGCAAGUCGCUUCCAGGAAGUUAACUAUCCAAUCCAAGAUAUCUGCCAAAUCCCUUUUCAAAGAUAAGUCAAAGCCACCAAUUUCAACACCUUCCUCAAAAGACACGACAAAGGGAUCAGAAACUUCAUGGAACACAUCAGCUAGCAGUAAUGAGAGCCCUAGUUCUCAGUAUAGUAGCUUUCAGCACAAGGGCAAAGAUCAACCUUACAUGUUCUUUCAGUAUGAAAGUGGCGAGAAAGGUUUUCUUCAUCCAGUAUUUUGGACAUCUCUUCCACACUGGUUAGAUUUCUGCGUUAAUUUAGCUGUUCCAGCUGUUACCAAAAUUGAAUUGGAACUUCAAGCUCGAUUUUCAAUUGAGUUCCUACUAAGAGAAUUGCCAAACCAAUUUGCAACAGUUGCACGGGACAUCAACAUAAAAAUAUUUAAACUAGUGCAAGAAUCCCCACAAGACGAAAUUCUGAUUGGGGUGCCAUAUUCCAUAAUACGCAGCAGUGCAUGGUACUUCUCUGUAUUGUCUAAAAGAGGCAGCAUGGACACAACAUUUGAUGUUGACUGGAACAAUAAAGCCCCACCUGGAAACCAGCAAAAAUUUUUGGUAAUUGGCCGUAACGUUGAAGAGUGGUCAGCUUCUGUUGACCACUCUGGAGGAAGUGACGGAAAUGAUGACAACCUCUUUGGACAUUCUCAUCGAGCAACACAUCGAGAAUUCCGGUUCCAUCCAUAUGUUCCCAGUAGUUGCAACAGUAGCUUAGAUAAAGGAUCUGAGGGGUCCCCUACAGAGACAAAAUAUAAUCUGUUUGCACCCCGGCAACGAUUACUCUUAUUACAGAUCAAUGACAAAAAGAUGACAUUUUUUACAUACAACAUAGCAGCCGAUAUGACAGAAUCUUUUAACAAGCUCCUGAAAAACAUGGUCCACUGGCAGAAUGCCCGAGCUCAUGUAUUGGAUUGUUUGGUCACCCAGAAAAUGGGACUGUAUCACCACCAAUCUUUUGGUGAUUCCCCUGCCUUAAAACAAAAUCCUUACACACAAUCUAAUAUGGAUGUUGACCUACUCUUGAUGAAAACACACCUGCCAAAAGAUGGUCUGAAGCGGAACAACAGCAGCUUAUCAGGAACUAUGCCCUAUCCCCAGAUCACACGUCCAUUCGAUGAAAUUUACCGCAAUCUGAAACCUGCACACCCGUUGCAGAAUUCUCCACGCAAAUUUGAUAUUGUUCUACAACAUGGUCAACAAGCUCAAGAAAUCCGAACCAAUUAUGGCAGAGAUAUUGAUAAAGUGUUCAAGCUGAAAGAAUUACAUGCUAUGUGGUUUUCAAAGAACUGGGCACCAAUAUCAGAGGACAUAGUGCAUUUGCUGAAACAGUCAACACGGCUCUUGCACUAUUGUGCCACACCACUGCUAUUUUCUCCAGCUUGGCGUAAAGAAGUCCUCAGGAGAGUACCUUCCAAAAAACCAGAGCUAACAUCAGCUUCAUUUGUGCAAGAGAAAACUGAAACCAAAGCAGCUACAGUCACCAAAAGUCGUUCUCGACAUAGUUCUGGAGCAUCAAUAGCCAGUUUGCUCUCCAAACGGCAUGAAACCAGUCAAGAGGGCAAGAAGAAAGACCGCUUCUCUCAAGAUAGCAUGGAGUCUCCUCAACAAAAGAACUCUUCCAUUGAAUCUACUCAAGAGGAAGAAGACUGGCACAAAGAGAUUCGCAAGAAGUUUCUUUCUCAAUAUAUGCAACAUCUUCAGUCCCUGGGGUUCUUUCCCAUCCAAACUCGGCCUGCUUCUCCAAAACGAAACAAUAAUCGUCAGCCCUUAAAGAAACUGCCAUCAGACCAGUCACGAAACUCCCGAGAGGAUGCAGAAAAACAAAAGAAAGAAGUAUAUGACAUGCAAAAGACACUGCCGGGUGGUAUGAUUCUAAUGGAACUCAGUUUCAGUGACCAACAUUACUAUGUUAAACUGUAUGGUUAUGACUGCUCUCGAAUGGGAACUAACGUCAAUUCUCAGUUGCGUCUCUACUUUGUGGAUGAAUGCGACACUUACCGAGCCUUAACCCAUGUGCAUUCCUUUGCACAUGACUUCCAUCUGCAGUGCAUCAUGUCUCAUAUAGCUGGAGUGCAAGAUAUUUUCCUUAAAGAUUAUCAUCUUACUAACUUCCUAUUGGAUUUUCUUGAAGUCUAUCCAACACCUCCCAACUUCUCAAGAAAUUAUGUUCACAGAGCCCGUAUCCAACUGACAAAUUUGACUUGUCCAAGUGGCCAACUGUAUGACUAUAUCCUCAAACAUCCAAACCUGCAUGAUUUCACAGUCAUUCAACAGCAGGCAGCUGCUCACACUGAUUCAGAACUAGAUCUACUACGGUUUGAUUACUGGAAUUGGAAAAAGGAUCUAGGAUUGGUCCAGGAAAAAGAGUAUGCUUUGGUGCUGCAUCGACAUUCUCGAACAUCUGGCGGCAAUAAUGACAACACAGGGGGACAGAACAACGAUGAAUACAACGUUGGCGUCGUUGUGAAGUUGGACACCUUGGGUGGUAGUGGAAGCAGCAGUACUGGGAGCAGUACAGGGGCAGUGGGACAGAAUUCCAGCAAAGACAACACUGUACUUCAACUGGAGUUCUUCCUUGUCCUCACCAGCAAAUGUGAGCUGCUGCCCACACAGAGUUUUGUGCAGAAGCUGGGCGGGGCUCUUCGUGCUACCAGUGCAUCAACGUCGCCGGGUGUUGAAGAAGAAUUUGAUCAGGUCUAUGUGCCAGUUAAACAGCAUAUUGGCGUCAGGUCUGAAACUACCAAUAAGACACGUGGCCUUUCUCCAUUCCAUCGUUUGGUUACACGAGAAGUAGAUGCAGCCAAGAGAAAGAUAGAAAGGACAGUUAUGUCAUGCAUGGCCAAAUGCCGCCGAGACAUAUUGUGGGAACGGCUAUUAAAGGGAGGACAAGAAGAAGAUGGGAAGAAGAAGAAGAAAUCUGAAGGAGACGAAGGACUUCUUCGUCUUACAUAUUCUGAAUUUGAAGAACUGAUGUGCAUGGUUGAGUCUUCAUCCUUAAGUGAACUGGAUGAACGACUUUUACAUUUCACUAACAUGGGUCGUAACUGGUUCAAUACAUUACUUACUUACCUUCCCAGUCGAUAUGGUGACCAGUUUCGACAUUUCGUCAACGCUGAUGGCAAAAUACAAUGUGCAGUCAUUGUCAGUCCAGACUACUCAGAUACAUGUAUCCAGUUAACUGUAAACAGUGCUGUGGUGAGAGCUGAUUUGAGUCUUUUGAAUCGAGAACCAAGACCAGUUGGUCCUUCACAAUCUCAAGAAGAUGAACAACAUCAAGAAGCUGUGCAGAAUCUUGUUGAAAGUUUUAUCGGUGCUUGCUGUUUUCAUCUCUGGAGCAGCAUGCUGUAAUAUGCAGAAAUAUAUUUUUUUUUUAAAUAUUUUUUUCCGGCAGGAACAGUAUGCACUGAAAUGCAAUGGUCUAUUCAUCAGAGCAGUAUGUACUGACAUACACUACUAUAUUGAUCAGAGCAGUAUGUACUGACAUACACUAAUAUAUUGAUCAUAGUAGUUUGUACUGAUAUAGGCUAGUCUAUUGAUCACAGCUGUAUGCUUAUUUAUUGAUCAGAGCAGUAUGUAUUCGCAUAUGCUAAUAUAUUGACCACUGCAGUAUAUACUGACAUGUUAACAUAUUAAUCACUGCAGUAUUUACUAAUAUACACUACUAUAUGGAUCACAGCACUAUGUACUGACAUACACUAGUAUAUAAUCACAGCUGUAUGCAUUGAUGUAUACCAAUACAGUGAUCUGAGCAGUAUGUACUGACAUAUAGUAAUAUAUUGACAACUGCAGUAUAUACUGACAUACACUAAUAUAUUGACUGUUGCAGUAUACACUGACAUACACUUAUUUAUUGAUCACAUCACUAUGUACUGACAUACAGCAAUAAAUUAGUCAUAGCAGUAUGUAUUAGCAUAAGGUAGUGUAUAUUGAUCACAGGUGUAUACAUUGACAUACACUAAUCUAUUGAUCAGAACAGUUUGUACUGACAUAUGCUUGUGUGUUCAUCAGAGCAGUAUGUACUAACAUAUACUAAUACAUUGAUUAGAGCAGUAUGUACUGAUGCACACUAAUAUAUUGAUCAUAGCUGGUAUGUACCAACAUAUACUGGUCUAUUCAUCAGAGUAGCAUCUAGUGACUAAUUAAAUGUACUGGCCAAGAUCAAAAGUAUUAUAAAAGAUAUACAUUGUUCAGCUGACUAGAACAAUAGUUGACAAAUGACAUGGCACUGGUAUGUUUGAUCAGAGCAAUAAACAAAUUAUAAUAAAUACAAACAAAACACCACGACCUGCCCAAGUCUGGCUGAAUGUUGGGGAUUUCAUGCCAGUCUGCAAGAAUGUCCUUAUCCAACAUUCAUGUUUCAGCAGCACCAUAAUUCAAAUUUGAACCAAAUGGAUUUUCAUGUUAAAUAAAUAUUUUUUUUAUUGAGAAACAAUAAAAAAAAAAAUUGUUUUUUUACAUAAAAAAUCUCUGACUGUUUUUUCCAUAAGCUCAACCAUGUAUUAAAACAAUAAUGUCAAUGUUAACCUUCACAUUUUGCUAAAUUCACUAUUUACACACUUUUUCUGCAACUACACUGUUUGCUAUGCAGUCUGUGAUUCUAUUUCUCAGUGAUGUUUUUUGUUUUUUUAUUUAAAUUACAACAAAAUUGUUAUCUAUGUUUGGAUGUAUAUAUUAUUAUUAUUAUUUGAAAAUAAUUUGUAUGCAAAAUAUCUUAAUUUUUUAUUUUUUGUUAUUUUUCCUCAAAUAUUUAGAUUUAAAAAAAUUUUUCUUUCUUUAAUUUAACGUUUUUUUUUUCUUUUUUUUUUUAAGUAUUUAUUUCUUGAAAUCUUGAAAUCUUUGAGAUUAUUUUGUUUUACAUUGUGAUAAUUCUUUACCUUUAAUUAAAAAAGAAACAAAAAAAGAAAAAUGUAAAAAAAGUUAUUUUUUAAAUGUCUCUUAAUUUUUAGUCUAAUGUUCUGGACAUAGUGACAGUGUUACUUACUGUAAGAUUAUGGAAUGGUAUCAUGAAUUUUAAAUGAAUUAGUCACAAUUUUACAACUCUGAGUAUUUGGUUAUUUGUUUGGUAAAAAAAAUUGCAACCAAAUUAUAUUUGUAACAAACAACAUAAAAGAAAUUCUAUUGGUGCCGCAAAACAACCUAUUUGUAUAUACUUAGAAUAUUUUUCAGUAAACCUCAAAUGUCUUCGCACAUGUACAAAAGAACAAUAAAUAAAGCAGGCAGUUUGAUAUCAGCUUUUAUGUUAAAAAACACACUGGCUGUAUGUGGUGCUUAAAAGAUCCAAAAUUUGCUUAAGACAAAAGCUAGAUAAAUAAUAGGAAAAAAAAAAUUACCCUGUGUAGCAAAACAAGUAUAUUUAGUUCCCUCAUCAUUUUCUAUCCUAAUUAGUUACUCUUCUAAUAUUUUCUCAGGUGCUGUCACAAGACGAUUUACAUAAGCCUUGAAGAAAAUACUUUGAAGAGAAUUUUAUAUCCAAACUAAAUCUCCUUUCACCUUUGUAUUUGGUGUCAAAGCCAAAUCCUGGCAAAUAGUACCAAGAUAUCUCUCUCCUUCUGUUUUGCUUAUUUUCGAGUAACAUUUUUAAAAUUAAUAUCGAUCACUGUAUAAACAAUACUCAACGGUGAAUAGCAGUAUUGUUUUUAUUGUCAAAAUCUUUUAUGUAAAUUGCACAAAUUGAAUUUUGUUUCAAAUGAAAUAGAAAAACUAUCAACAAAAAAAAAAAACAAAAGAAAAGACCCUCCCACCUCCAAGAUGUCCUAGAUAAAUUGAUGGCUUUAUUUUUGAUUCUAUUCAAAACAUUGCAUUAAAUUGGUUUCCAUGACAUUAAGAUAUAUGUGGUUCAUCAAUUUUUAUUGCAUGUAUGGGUUUUAAGAACUAUAUUUAUUUUAAAUAUCAAAUAUGCUAUAAUUUGGGCCAUGUAUAGAUUUAUCAUGGUUUGAUUGAACAGAAUGCCAAUCAAAUUCUAUAAUUCUGGUGACUAGCUCUUGUAGUCUCAGAGAGACUGCUUCAAUGAUAUUUAAAGAUCAUUGUUUUUCAUUGCAGAUGUUUUGGCCCAUAGGCUUAAACAUGAUGUCUGUUGGUGAAAUUGUAAAAUAUUUUGAUCUUUAGUCCCUAAAUCUAUAUGUUCUGAAGUUUCUGAAAGCAAAUCAUUUUUGUUUCAAUAACUAAAACAAGCCAUCAACUCUUUCAUACUCGGACAUUCUCAUUUCAUGCAAUUUUUGAUACUUGAAUGUUUUGCAUUCAAUUUUUGAUACCUCAGUGAAAUAUUUAUUUUAAUUAUUUAAUGUAAUUUUUUUUUUUUUUUGUUUAUUACUUUUCUGUGUAAUGAUUUUUGUGAAUAUUCAAGUAAAAAAAGCUAAAAUUUCAUUGCUCCCUUUAAUUAUCUCCUUUUUAUCUAAUUUCCCUUCGACAUAUCACUGCAUGAUCAUAAUUAUGUAAAAAAAAUUUCUAUAGCUUCAUGAUUUCAUGUUAUAUGCCACUAAAUUAGUUUUGGAGCUGUAUAUAUGGCUCACAAAUAAUGGUUCAGUGUAUGAUAACAUACAAAGAUAAUAAAAAUAUAAAUAAUCAACAAGUAAAACUGAUAGAUUCUGAAUUACCUAUUAGAAACGAGUUUUUUAAAUAUUAAUAAAUUAUUUAGAAAUAGAGAGAGAAAGAGAAAACAUUUCUUAUAUUAAGGUCUCCCUUUCAAACAUCUGUCAUCUCAUCAUUAACAUUUAUUCAAUCAUCUUUGCAUGUUUUCUUUAUAUUUACAUUUCUAUUUAGAACGUUUAAUGAAACAUGUUUUUUUAAGCUAUUGUAUUUCAAUGCUGCGCCUUGCAAUCCUCAGGGAGGAAUAUGGAGGUUCAGUCUUUGAUCAAUAGAAAUAACCUUGGAAAUGGUAGUUCUAAGACAGUCAGCUAUAUCAAAUACCUAUUUUCUUCAUUAUAGUGGUGUUUCUUACUGCUUCCUUUGGUACAAGUUGGAGCAAUAUUUCUAUCUUUUUUAUGUUGGCGAUGACGACUUCAAAAUCUUGGCCUGCAACCAAUGUUGAGAACUUUUCAAUGAUAAUCUGAUUCAUGACACUUGUGAGAAAAUAGUAAAAAUCUUUCAACAGUUUUCUUUUAUUCCAUAAUGGUGGUUUCAUUAUCCAUUCUGACAUUUCUUCAGGAACUAGCAUGAUAUAAAUGAAUAACUGCUGACCAAUCAAAUAAUUACAUUGCACAGCUACUGAUUAAAGGGGGUCAUAGUUUAAUGUCUUCUAAUUAGUACUGCUUUGCAUAUCUGGAAAAAAAUAUAUAAAUUCUUAUCUCCUGUUUGCGUAGUUUGCCAAGCUGUGAAUGGAUACACUGGAAAGAGAGUUUGUGUAAUUGAUGGGUGUUUGAUAAGACCACUGGAAUAAAAGCAGGAUAACAUCAGAAGUUUUACUGAAAAACAAAAAAACAAAUAAACUUGCCAAAUAUGUAAAUGUUUUGUAGUAGUUUUGGGGGACAACAAUUCACAAAUAUAUUGGCCAUGCCUGAACAAGUUUUUUUCUUUAAUCAUAAUAAUUUUCUGGCAGUUAAGUCAGUUAAGCAUGAUUGUUACAAAUAUUUUUCUAACAAAAUAUGGAAAUAACCAUUGGUAAUGGAUAAUAGAGGCAUUUUUAAAAGCUAUAAAUUAGAUUUAUGUUAAACCAAACGAAAGAAAGAAAGAAAAAGAAUGGGGGUGCAAAAACAAGGCAAAAUCUAUCAAUAAUGCCAACUCUAAAAAGAUCAGUUCCUCUUCUUUAUAUUCCUAUUUUUGAAAUGACAUUAUCCAAGCACUUGCUUAACAGAUGAUUAAUACGCUGACUAUCGUUCUGGCUUUAGCCUCCUCUGUUACAUGGAGUAUCUAAGUAAUUUCAAUAUGAAGAAUGCACUAAUUGUUUUAAUAUUAACUGCUAAAGGAUGGUUUAAAAAAUUCAAGUUUGCAAAUAUUUUCUGUAAAAAAAACCAAAAAAAAACCAAACCCAUCUUUUUAACAAACUGUAAAUAUCCACUUUCAUAUGAAAGUGUGACAAAGAUGUUGGCUGCCUUCAUUGUUUUAUUUGUCAGAUUUGCUCUUUAUUUUACCUCUUUACAACUAAAACUAGAGUAUCACUGUUUCCUUCUAGAAAUGAAGGCUUCCUUUUAAAUAGUGAUAUUGUUUCAAUAAGCUCAGUAGACAAAAUAUUUUCUAUCAUUCAAUAGAUACUUGGUUUCCCUUACUAUUCUCUUAAAUCAUCUCUGCUGUUUCUCAAGCAAGUCUUACAUUGUGAAAAUAUUUUCAGAUUUUAUUUACCACCCACACAAAACACUCAGUGCCUAGGUAUAUAUCUACAAAACUCUGAUAUAAUCCUUUGCUAAGUCUCCAAGCUUAAUGGUGUUCCUUUUGCCUAAACUAUCUUCAUUAUGCCAAUUUAGAAGUAUAUAAGAAAAAAAACAAAAGUGAUGUUUUGAAACAAUGAAUCUAUGAUUGUUCCAACAAUCAACUCCAUAUGUGGCCUUCAUCACCUAUCUUUUAUCUCUUUCCUUUAGCAUAGCAUAAACAUUCAAUUUCUUGAAUGUCAUGGAAUAAAUUCAGAUUCAAAAGAUUGGAAUUUUUUUAGUUUUUACUCUCGGACUUUUUUUUAAUAGUGAAGAUAUUGACUUGAGACUUCCCUAUUUCAUGUUUUCCAUUGCAAUAGUACCAGGUUUGAGGUCUAAGAAUUUAAUAAUAUUCUAUUCUUACUUAGAAAAUCCUUAAUAUUUUCAUUGAACCAAUUAAGCUUUAUGAGAAGACUGCAUAUCAAAACGCACACUUGCUUUGCUUCUGUCCACACUUAGGAAAAGCUUCAGUCAGUCAAGUAUUGACAGCUCCUUACCUUUCUAUCAACUCUGCUUUUAUUUCUCUCAAUUAUGAAAUUUCUCUAUGUUUAGUAAAGAGUUGUUUGAUUAUCUUUCUCUUACCAAAAAUUGAAUGCUUAAUGCAUUCUUCAUAAUACAUUGUAUAAAUGUUUAUCAAAUAACCAGCUCUACUACAAUUUCACUCACUACAGGAGGGCAACUUGUGUACUUCAGCUGUUUGUUCCAAGGUUUUGUGUCUACUAAUCUCAAUAUUCUCACUGUAACUUCACAAGGACUACAUCAAAUUUAUAUGAGUAAUAAAUAAAGGAGGGAGAUUUGUGCAGUACCAAUCUUCCUCUCUUAUGAAACUAUUCAUUCAUUUAAAACCUCAAUAACCAAGGAUGUCUGCUGACAGAUUCUGCCCCAAAUGUAUUUUAUUGAGACAUGCUCUAUCAGUUCCAGAAUAGUAGUUUAUUCUAAUGCAUUACUUGAAGUUUGCUAAAGUCCUACUAUUUUAAAAAUUACUUUUGUUUAACCCUUUAGUGUUCGCAUUAUUCUGCCAAAAUUAAUGCUUUUUCAUCUACAUUGUUUUGAACUAAUCAUACAUUAUCUUGUAGCUAUGAGAUUUUGAUGAGGUAGCUGUUAAUUUUUAAAACAAUAUUGUAGGGUUGAUGUGAGAGACCAGAUCUGGCCAGUUUGAACAUAAAACAGGCAGAAUACUUUUGGCCGGAUAUGGCCGGUUUAAAUGCUAAAGGGUUAAACCUUUCUCCAGAACAGGGAUAAAGAAUUUUUUGAGUACCAGGGGCAAAUUUUCAAUGGUUUAAGGACCCGUAGGCACACAUCUCUGAGGCUGAGUCAAAUAACAGAUCUUUUAUUUUGUAAAUUCAUAGGCAUGAAACUUAGAUAAAAUUACUGCUUUGAUUUUAAGGAGUAAACCUUUUUCUGUUAUGAGGUUUUAUAAAGACUGUUUCAGGAGGCAAUUUCAGAUUUGAAUAGAAGUGGAAUUUUGCUUGUGGGCAAGAAGUACCCACCCCUACUUUCCCGUAACAAAGAAAUGCCUGUUUUCAGUGGGUCACUUGUUGAAAUAUGGAAUUGUGUAUAGCUUAAUGUCUUGAAUUUUAUCAUUUGUUAAAAAUGGAAGCAACUUUGUACAGUGUUGCUGUCUUAAAUUGUUAUGUUCCAGUUGUAUCAGGGAUUCAAAAGUGUUGUUCUCAUCAUAGUUUCACACAAAUUUGACAAACAACGAAACUGCUAAGAAAUGGUUCUAUUCUGUUUGUUUUGUUUUUAAUAUCUACUUUCGAAAUAUCUUUGUGGUUUUUCUCCUUUAAGAAAUAUAUUGUGACUAUAGAAGUUAAUGAAUUUGUUUUCAAAUUAUUGGUUUCCAUAUAUGAAUUUUUAUGUCAAUCUGUUUUUUUAAUAUCUCAUAUUUGUUUCCUUUCUAAAAUUUAAACCAAUAAAGAGGUAACUAGAAUAAACUUUCCCAAUUAAAUAUCUGGCAUUUCUCAAUUAUUUUCAACUUAGACCUACAUUUUUAAAAAUGAAUAUUUAAUUUCAAAAUCAGUUUCAAUAGCAUAUACACUUUAAAGGUAGUACGUGGGCAGAAUCUUUAGCAUACCAGACAAAACACUUAACAGAAUUUCAUGUAUCUUUACGUUCUGGGUUCAACUUUCACCAUGGUUGACUUCGUCGGUAAAAUAAGUACCAGUUGAACACUGGGGUCAAUGUAAUUGACUUUUCCUCUCACCAGAACUUGCUGGCCUUGUGCCAAAAUUUGAAACCAAAACUUCAAAUUUUUCUUCUAUAAAGUUUCAUUUCAAAUACUUGUAUAAAAUAUGAUUCAUGAUAGAAAUCACUAUUUACAAUAUGAAAAAAAAUAUAGGCUUUGUUUUAAAAACUACAGUAAAUUUAUUUUGGUUGAUCAGUGUAGUUAUGUAGUUAACACCCAAACUGCAUGACAAUAAGAGGAAAAUAUUCAUAAUUAGCUAAGAUAA